AAAGCGAAUACCUGAGACAGUUGCGUAAUAUAAUAAAACCAAAUUCAGUCGACGUGACCGAUCAAAUGGCGAGAAAGUACAGUGUCAAAUCCAAAUCUUACAGAUGGCCUUGAUUUGGUUGGUAUCAAUGCAUGGACCCUUUAUAAGGAAACAAGCGGACAAAAUAUACCAAGACAACAAUUUCUACUACAAUUAGCAGAGCACUAUCACGAAUUUCUCCAAGAAGAAAAGGAAAACGUCACG